AUGAACCCGAAAGCUGCAAACUACAUUGAGCAGCUGAAUAGCGCUCGCUGCGAGGGAAACUGGGAUGCCGUCCCGGAGCUGGUCCGCAAGGUGCGCAAGCAUGCUCCCGAAAGAACAUGUCUUACCCUGGCCGCCGAAACGGAAUGCGCCAUUUCACGAGUGACCGCGGCGGGUGCUCGACCAUUCGCCGCCCAGACAGCCCAAGACCUCGACGUUUCGAACCGCUUCCCCAACCUAUUGGCUGCCAUCGAGCAAGAGGUUCAUCACCACGAAGACAGAGUCCAGGCCAAGGUCUGUUUGGGAUGGCUAAACUGGGUGGUUGGCGAUUACGCACAAGCCCUCGGAACCCUUCCCACAAGCCUGGAUGCAGAAGGCCUAUCGCCUGAACGCGUCGACGUCAUUUCGGAAUGGACCAAUCUCUGCGCCCUCAAGUCCGGGUACCUUCAAGCUAAUUGCUUGAUGCGAAACGACAAAAGGGCAGAAGCUCUUGCUGCCCUCAAGUCGGCGACUCCAUCCUUGGAUGGCGUCUGGUGCGGUCAGGGGGUUCGCAAACAGCUGCGGUACUGGUCUGAGCUCUUCUUGACGGAAUAUUGCAUGCUGUCCAGUCAAGCCCUCGAGAAUGACGGAUUGAACCUGCAUGAUCCCGAUUCGUUGGCAGGCUUUCGGGCCUGGGCGAGGUACUGGAACGUCAUGGGAGCGCCGAUAACUGGCGGAUUCGGCUUCAAGGGUUCCGUUCCCCGUCGGAGAAUCUGGUCCGAAUACUACGAGAUUCUGUCUCGUAUCCUCGAAAACGACCUCCCAUACGUGCCUGGCCAUGUUGAAUCAAUAUCGGCUGACUUGCCCCCUCGUGCUCAACUACGACUUGAAAUCAAGCAGACCGAAACAGCUUAUCGAGCUCUCAUUCUGACUGAAACCACGUUCCCGAAAGCAGAUGAGGAUCGACUGGAGGUCGAAGCCUUUGUAACUAGGGUCAUGAGCAACUGGGCCAUUCUCUGCGGUCGAGGCUGGAGGGAACAGGAUCUUGGGCCAGGCGGUCGCGGUGCGCUGAGCCGCACCGUGCUCGAGACGCUGUACAGUGCGGCAACCCGCACCUACCACUCGACGUCUAUUCUUCGUUCUCUUUUCAGCGUGCAUCUCGCCGUUGCGGAAUUUGACCUGGCCUUCAAGGCCUUCGACUCUUACCUGGCGAUUGUGAAGAAGGGCAAGGCGAGGGUGGAGAAGACGGGCCAUGAGGAGGUGAGUUUGGAUGACGACGCGACUGUCCUGCAAACCAUGGCCCAGGCUGUCAUGGCGCUGUGCCGCUACGGGGACCAGACUGCCGGGGAAAAGGCACGCCAUCUGGGCGCCGAGCUCGAAAACUGGCUCUCAAAGCUGCCGCCGCAGACGAGAUCAAACGGCAACGGAAGCCCAGUCAACGGCUUGGGCCAAGCAAAAACCGAGCCGGGUGGUGCGCACGUACCCUUGAACGUCAUUUCUCUCGCGUGGCAAGCCAUCGGACUGUCUCACGCGCACUGGUCCAGAAUUACGCACGAGGCGUCGUCGAGAACGGAGAUACAGGCAAAGGCGAUCCGAUGUCUCAGAAAGUCCCUGGCGGCCGAGUUUGGUCGCUCCAAGGACAUUAGGAGUUUUUUCAGCCUGGCACUCCUCCUUGCGGAGAGGAGGGACUUGACGGCGGCCAUCGAGCUCGUCCGAUCAGCACUCCUCUGCAACAGGGGCCAGGAGGAAAGCUACAGUCUCUUGCAUGGGCCGUGCUGGCAGGAAAGGACCCUGAUUCCCGUCUGGCAUCUCCUGGCUCUGCUGCUGAGCGCCAGGCAAGACUACACCAUGGCCGCGCGGGCUUGCGAGGGCGCCUUGCAGCAGUUCAAGGACCCAAGCAUCCUCUUUGGCAAGGCCGACGCGAGUUUUCGCAGCGACAAACUCAAGGAAGGCGACGCCAACAGUGGCAUGUCGGAAGCACCACCGGCUCGAGGUCUGGUUGACGACAUGGAUGAUUCGGAAAAAGAAAGCAUCCUCGAGGUCAAGAUGACGCAGCUGGCUCUGAUAGAGCUUGUCGACGGACCAGACGCAGCGGUCAACGCGAGCCUCGAGCUUCUCUCGCUCUUCUCACGGAUGUUCGGCACGCUGUCAGCAGCACCCCAGCCGGCAAAAUCGCCUGCUCCUUCGUUACCACAAAAGACGUCUGGGACGAUACGCAGUCUCCGCGGCAGUUUGUUCGGAGCGAAGCAGGAGCGAUCGACGACGUCCGCCGGCGGGCCGCAGGGCAGCAUGAGCACGGCCAGCGAAGGAUCCAGGCUGCCCUCGAGACCAACCACCUCACACGAUGCCCGCAACCCUACCCCAGCGAUCCACGUCACCGAGCAAAAUGCGAGUCGGGCGGGUGAACGAGGACGACGGCGGUCAAGCUCGGGUCCACCAGGGACGAAAAGUCGAUCCCGCCAGAGGAACGGGCUCGGGAAGCGAGCCGGAAGCGGCAGCCAAACUAGAACAUCGCCCGGCAGCGCAUCAGAACCGCAUCACCCUACCGUCCUGGACGGGGAGGCCUUCUUCACGCCCACGACUGAGACGGAACAAGCUGAUUUCUUCAGCAACCUGAACAAGCUGGGAUCUGCGCGCGGACCGUCCUCGAAUCGGGGCCAGCCCGUCGCAUCAGUCGACUCGGCCGUGUCAGUCGCACCAAGGUCUUCCGAUGUCGCCGAGGUGACAGUCGACCUGACCCAUGCUUCCCCCAACCUGCUCCCCUUGGUCCAGUUCCCAAAGGAGAAGGAGAAGGCCCAGCGGACUUUGCUGCUCAUCAAGAUCUGGCUGACCAUUGCUGGCUUCUAUCGCCGCGCCGGCGUGUUGGAUGAUGGCAGGGCCGCAGUUGCGGAGGCGGAGAAGCUGUUGACGGGAAUGGAGGCAGAGUCUACGGGGGACCUCACUCCAGCCUCGGCGGCCGCAAGAGGCGCCAACUGGGCGAACCGAAAGACCAUUGAUGACCUGUGGGGAGACAUAUGGUCCGAGCUCGGACUUUUGGGCGUCGCCAAGGAUCUUUGGUACGCGGCCAAGUCGGAUUUUGAAACAGCUCUCACCCACUCCCCGGACCAUGCCGUCGCCACCGUCGAACUCUCCAACAUCCUGCUGGACAUGUACACCGAGAAGCUGCUCCCCCCCCCUGUUUUGCCGCCGCUAGACGGAUCCGAUGACACCGAGAGAUUGCGCCAGCUGCCGUCGAAAGGGGCAGCAGCGUACGGAGUCUUUACGGAUGCUCUGCCGUCGACGCCGCUUGGGCUGGGCCCGUCUACGAGGCGCCCGUCUGCGGCGUCCACGCACGCCGACGCUGCCGCCGAUGCUGCUGCUGCUGCUGCUGCUGCUGGAAGCACUGGCGACGAGCUGCCGGCACCAUACAAGGCCACUCGCCUGCCGCUUGUGGACCGGCUUGCCGCUCGAGAGCGGGCUUUUACCCUGCUUUCCGGGCUCACGCGGCUGGGAGCAGGCUGGGACAACUCUGACGCUUGGUUUGCCUUGGCCCGUGCGCACGAGGAGAGCGGGCAGGUCGAAAAGGCCAAGGAGGUGUUGUGGUGGUGCGUCGAGCUGGAAGAGGCCAAGGGCGUCCGGGACUGGCGAUGCUUGGGCAACGGGGGUUACGUUAUUUAA